AUGUGUAUAAAACAAGAGUUGCAGUCUUAUUGUUUGGAAUCGAAUAAGAAAAAAUAUUAUUCUACGGUAAUUGCUGCUGAAAUGAUCAUCAAUGAAGAAUCAAAUGAUGAAAGUAAAAAUGAACAAUUGGAUGAAAUGCAAGAGGAUAAAAAGAAAAAAAGAAAGGAAAGGAUUGGUUUUCGUGAUAGAAAGAUUAUAGAAUAUGAAAAUCGUCUGAGAGCAUAUUCGACUCCUGAUAAAAUUUUUCGUUACUUUGCAACCAUAAAAGUAUCGAGUUUAGAGGGUACUGAAAUUUAUAUGACACCUGAUGACUUUUUAAGAUCAAUCACUCCUGACAUGAGACAACCAGACGGUCUUGGACUGGAUAAAUAUAAACGUUAUGAUCCUAAAAAUGUUCACUCAAGAUUAGAGUUGACCUUAGAUGAAGAUAGUAUUUUUUACAAACUUGGAAGCGCUGGUUUAAUUACUUUUUCCGAUUAUAUAUUUCUGCUUACUGUAUUAUCUACUUCCAGAAGACAUUUCGAAAUUGCCUUCAGAAUGUUUGAUUUUAAUGGAGAUGGUGAUGUGGAUUCUGAAGAAUUUGGAAAAGUCGCUACAUUAAUUCGUCAACAAACCAGUAUUGGUAAUCGACAUCGUGAUCAUGUUGCUACUGGUAACAUGUUUAAAGGUGUUAAUUCAGCAUUAACUACAUAUUUUUUUGGAUCAAAUAUGAAAAAAAAAUUAACAAUUGAAAAAUUCCUGGAGUUUCAACAGCAAUUGCAAAAAGAAAUACUUAGUUUAGAGUUUGAACGAAGAAAUCCUGAUGAAAAUGGUAGAAUUACUGAAGUAGAUUUUACCGAACUAUUACUCGCAUAUGCUGGAUAUCCUGACAAAAAGAAAGCGAAAAUUAGAAAAACCGUUAAAAAACGCUUUAAGGAUAAUCCAAAGGGAAUAAAUAAAGAUGAAUAUCUAAAAUUCUUUCAUUUUUUAAAUAAUAUUAACGACGUGGACACAGCUUUGACAUUUUAUCAUAUUGCUGGAGCAUCUAUCGAUCAAGCAACUCUGAAACAUGUGGCAAAAACAGUGGCUCAUGUUGAUUUGAGUGACCAUGUAAUACAAGUAGUUUACACAAUAUUUGACGAAAAUAUGGAUGGCCAAUUAAGCAACAAAGAAUUUGUCGCUGUAAUGAAAAAUAGAGUACUACGUGGAUUGGAGAAGCCGAAAGAUACUGGUUUUGUAAAAUUGAUUGAAUCAAUAGUGAAGUGUUUAAAAAUCAGUUAUAAUAUGCAUCUUGAUAGUUAGGUUUAAAUUACUACAGCUUAAAUAUUUUUUUAUGGCGUUUAUUAAUCUAUUUAAAAUGAUUUAUCUUAUUAAAAGAAUAUCAUUAUUAAAUGUAUAAUGAAUAAAAAAAAUAAAUAUUAGAUUUAAUCGAUUUA